AUGUCAAUAGAGGCCGAAGUGCCGGACUUGGUUGAGUCAGAGUUUGAUUCAGAUGAAAGUCCUGCGGUCCCAGAUGAUCUGGCCACCUUGCAGGUAGUCGACGAGCAUCAGCAAUUCACACCUGAGCUACAAGAGUAUAUGCAAGACAAAUGGAAUCUGGCUUCUUGUGGAUUCGACUACAAUCUUGUCGCAGUCUUUGGAUCUCAGAGCACGGGAAAGAGUACUUUGCUAAACCGAUUAUUCAAUACCACAUUCGCCGUCAUGGAUGAAAAGAGACGUCAGCAAACAACCAAAGGAAUCUGGUUGAGUCCAGCUCAUGGGAAGAAUCUACUCGUACUAGAUGUUGAAGGUACUGAUGGACGUGAACGUGGAGAAGAUCAGGAUUUCGAGCGAAAGUCUGCAUUAUUCUCAUUGGCCAUUGCUGAAGUUUUGAUUGUCAACAUGUGGGAAAACAUGGUGGGAUUAUACAAUGGUGCAAAUAUGGGUUUACUCAAAACUGUAUUUGAAGUGAAUCUGCAACUGUUUCAAGCUCAAGGAUCGCCAAAGACUCUGCUUAUGUUCAUAUUACGAGACUAUACUGCUGUGACACCAAUUGCUACUCUAUCAAAAACUUUGAUGCAAGAUCUAGAAAAGAUCUGGAUCAGUCUGAACAAGCCUGCUGGUCAUGAGACAUCACAAAUUAGCGAUUUCUUUGAUUUUGCAUUUGAAGGAUUGCCACAUAAAGUCUUUACACCAGAAAAGUUCGAAAGUGCCGUUGCAACUCUGAAAACAAGAUUUUACAACAACACGGGCACAAACUAUAUAUUUGGACCUUCCUACCACAAACACAUUCCAGCUGAUGGUUUUCCACGAUACGCCGAGUCCAUUUGGGCCAAGAUUUUGACCAACAGAGAUUUGGAUUUGCCAACUCAACAGCAGCUCUUGGCUCAGUACCGAUGUGACGAGAUUGGACGUGGUAUUUUGGAAACCUUUGUUGAAGCGACCAAAUCAUAUCGACCACGACUAGAUUCUGGUCUAGUAAUUGACGAUAUGGGUCACGAAACUGAAACCAUUAUCGAGUCAUGCCUCGCUUCAUUUGAUCGUGAUGCCAGUCGCUACAAUCCUGACGUAUACAAACGCAAACGAGCCGAGUUUCUGGACAAGCUUACAUCCAUUUUGCAUAUAAAUUAUAUGGAACAGCUACGUAACUUACACAAACGAGGCAUUGUACAAUUUAACAAGUCAUUGCAGGCCAAGCUCAAAGGAGGUGAUUCUGAAUUUGCUUCUAGUUUACGAGCAUGUCGACAAGAAGCCGAAUCAACCUUCCGAGACAUGGCAGUCAAGUCACGGGUAUCCUUUGCCGAUUGGAGCUAUGAAGAACCAGUAUCGCAAUUCCUUUUCGAGUUAGACGAGAUUGCCACGCUGAAACGAAAUGAGGCCUUGCAGCGUAUGGUGUCUGGCUUGCAGAAACUGAUUCUGGAUGGAUUGAGUGACCCAAUAAUAGUAGAGUUGAACGAUAUGGGUCCAGAUAUGUGGUCUCGUAUUUCAAAUACUUUCCAGGAUACAGUCAAACGAACUCUGGAGGAAGUCAGAGUGAAAUCGAGAGGAUUUGAGGCUAGUGACGAGGAAAUAGAAACUUCAGUAGUCGAGAUGCAAAAGCAAGUAUGGCAAGUCUUCCAUCGCAAACUAGUAGAAGAGACAGACCCAUCACGAAUGCUAGUACGCCUCAAAUCCUUUUUCGAAGACAAGUUCCGAUAUGAUGAAAAAGGUCUGCCACGAAUGUGGAAACCUGAUGACGAUAUCGAUGGAGUCUUUACAAAAGCUCGUAAUGAGACUGACGUAUUAUUUAGUCGAUUCGAACGUAUUUCCAUUGAGCCAGAUACCCUUACCGAUUUAGUAGGACCAAUAGAUGACUCUGACUUGGUUUUGCUGUCACCAUCUAAACUAAGCAGCCUACGAGAUCGUUUCCUUAGAGAAGUUGAUGCUUCCUUUUUAGAUGCCAAACGAUCUAUAGUGUCUACUACAGCCAAACUUCCAUAUUGGUAUCUUGGAUUGACUCUAUUAUUGGGUUGGAAUGAGCUCAUGGCAGUAUUGACAAAUCCUAUAUAUUUCUUGUCAGCUACGACUAUGGUGUUGGUGGUUGUUGGUAUGUGGUAUACUGGCACUUUGGCUCCCAUGUUACGAAUAGCCCAAGUAGCAUCUCGUGAAGUCAUUACGCAGGUUGCUCAGUAUUUGCGGGAUUCAGGUCUUGAUGGAUUCCCAGCGUCAGAUACCCAGAACAACAACAGUAGUAGUAAUAGUAGCAGUAGCAACAAAUCCCCCUUCAAAACUCCUCGUCGAACUGUGGUACCGAAAGACAAUGGUGAAGACGAGGACGAUGAUAUACCAUUGUCUCCUUUGAGGAACAGAAGCCCUACACCAUUCAAGUUGAAUAAUCCUGAUGUUGGUUUGGCUGGAUUUCCUGGAGGGUCUGCACCGUCGACGCCUAUGGGAAAUGUGCAAAAGAAUAGAGCUAGAGCCAAUCGAUGGAAGGAUGAAGAUGAGGAUGAAAAACAAGAAUAA